CCAAAAAGUCUCUGCUAAUCGCGUCGCAGUUUCGAUCAGUCACAGAACGAAACAAACGCGAACAAUGUGGCGAAAGCUGCUCUUUGUCUGUGCCGUACUCUGGGGAGGCAGCGACGCUCUCUCGCUGAGCCACGCGCCCUGGGAGCAGGAUGUGGAGGAUGCGAUGGAUGUGCAGAAGUCGCCGUGCGAGAAUUUCCACGAACACGCCUGCGGCAAUUGGCAUGCACCAUACGGGUUGCGUGCUCUCGGCGCUCACGAUAUGCGUUCGCGAUUGCGUGCGCUGAAUAAGCAGCUCUUCGUGAGACACUUUGAGGCAAGCAACAGCGGCAGCGGCAGCGGCAACGGCAACGGACUACCGGAAGGGGAACAAGAACUGCACUCGCUCUACGAUAGCUGCAUGAACGGACGACAGGCGUUGCACGUCUACAUGGAUGCGGUGCAGCGAGUGCUGCCCGAUUGGCCGCUUCUCAACAAUGCGACGCAGUUUAGCUGGUCGCGAGGCAGCGCCGCUGUGCGUCGCUUUGGCGCCCACGGCCUGUGGCGUCUACUGGUGCAACAGAAUUGGCAGGCCGGGGAGCAGCAAGUCUUCUAUGUACUGCCGCCGAGCUUUGAGCUGAUCGGACGCAGCGAGAUGAGCCGGUUUCUCUAUCGCCGCUAUCUCAAGUAUCUGCUGCUCGAGUUGGGGCUGCGAGUGCGUCGUGCUGCCGAUCUGGCCGAGCAGCUGAGCGCCUUCGAGGAGCAGCUGCAACAGUUGCUGCCGGCAGCACAGGAUAGCGCCGAGGCGCUGGUGUUGCAUGCCCCGCAGACGUUGCAACAGCUGCACACACAAUUCCCGCAGCUGCAGCUGCUCGAGUACUUUCAACUGCUGCUGGGCGAUGAGUUUACGCCGCAACUGCUGCUGGUGGCAGACACGGAGUAUCUGCAACGCCUGCCACGUCUGUUGGAGACGACGGAUCCGCUGAUCGUGUCCAGCUGGCUGCUAUUGCAGCUGCCGGCGCACUUUGAGCUGCAUCUGCACGAGGAUCUGUCGCUGGCCGCACAGCGAGAGCAGUGCCUGCAGCAAUUGAAUCGCCUGAUGCCGCAGCAGUUGUCGCAGCUGUUGUUGCGGCUGCUGCACGGCAGCGAUGCUGCUGCCGCCGCCUUCUACAGUCGCAUGCAACACGAGCUACAGCAAGUGUUCGACAGGUUGAAACUGCAAUUCGAACGCCUGAUGAAUGACACCUACAUCUUUGAGCUGGACGCCACGUCGCAGGCGCAGGCGCUGCAUAAGGUGCGUGCCAUGCGGCUGCUGUUGCCGCAGGUGCAACCAGUGCAGCAGCAGUCGCAACAGCAACUACAACCUGCGCUCAGCUACGAUGCCAAGCUGUUGCAGCUGUCGCAGGCGCAAAGCUUGCAACAAUUUCGCCUUGCGUUGUCUUGUCUCCAGCUGCCUUGCGACACAUCAGUGAGUGCAUCGACGGGACCUUCACUUGGCUCGCUGGACGUCAAUGUCUACUACAGACUGAAGCUGAAUGCCAUCGAGUUGCCGUUGGGACUGCUGCGUGCCCCGCUGUUGCACAACUCUGUCGCGCCGAGCAACUUUCAUCAAGUAGCGCGACUCUAUGGCGGACUUGGCUUUAUGAUUGCCCACGAGAUGGUGCACGGCUUUGACUAUGUGGGCAUUCACUACGAUGCAGCUGGUCAUUUGGCUGCAGAGGAUUGGCCGGCGAGAACUAUUAUACGCUUUGGCGUGCGCUCUCAAUGCUAUUUGAACUAUCGCUACAGCAAUGCCACGGUGAUGAUCAACGAGAAUAUGGCAGACAGCGAGGGAUUGCGAUUCGCUUUCAGUGCAUAUCGCGAGCAGCUGGCGCAGCAGCAGCUCAACAGCACUGCCUUGGGCAGCUUCUUUGUGGCAUUUGCUCAGAACUGGUGCGGACACUCGGCCGCAGUAGGAACAGCAGCGCCAUCUAGUGGACAGCAGCAACAGCAUCCCGCUCACUGGGAGCGUGUCAACAAUGUGCUGGGUAACUUUGCCGAGUUCGCUGAGGCUUUCGAUUGUCGUGCGGGCAGCUUGAUGAAUCCGCCGGACAAGUGCCGCAUGUGGUGAGCGGAGGUGAGGGAAGGAAGGCGAAGCUGCUCGUAGAUUGUUAUUAAAGCAAUGCAAAAAAAUGAAGCUGCAUUUCACUUACGAAUCGUUGCCUUAACUAAUAAAUCAGUGUUGCAAAGUGCUUUAAAAUUA